AUGUCUUCCUCUGAGAACACAACAGCUUCUCCUUCCUCCGACAAUGCGGCCCCUCGUGCGGAACUGGAUAUCACCAAGCUUCAUGCGCUCCCGUCUGAACAGCAAGACCUAUACCUCUUGACGUUCACUUCGGAUCUAGUACAAUAUGUUUCAGAGCUAGACUCAGCAACCGUAUCGUCACAACAGAAGUUCCUGAAAAAGGAACUUUUCAAAAUAUUGACGCUUCCGUCGCCAACGAUCACUCGUGUUAUCCGCAACAAUCUGGGCCGAUGUUUUGGUGCGAUACUCGGCAAAGGAGACCGGGGGGUUUUGUUUGAGACAGUCACCGAUCUACUCGCCAUCUUAAAUGCAGGCAAAAAUGACGCAGAGCUCAAAACCAAGUUCGCCGCAGCUCAUUGUUUAGGGGAGGUGUUCGCGGUUGCCGGAGAGAGCGCCUUUGCGCAAUCAGGCAUUGUGAUCUCGAGCUUACUCAAAUUGCUUAAAUCGUCAAGUAACCAUACGGGUUUUCGAGGCUCAAUCUUUGCGGUGCUACGCAAGGUUGUCGUGGGCGCAGGGGUCCCUGUUGAUGAGGCAACUGCCCGUGAUCUUUGGAAGCAAGCUCGUAAUGCCGCAACCAGUGAUAAAUCGACCUUUGUUCAGGUCCACGCUUGUCGGUCCAUUGAGCAAUUGAUCAAGACGACACCCUUCUUCGACAACGCCAACGAUUUUGAUCUUUUGAAGACACUAGUCUGGAAAGUUAUUGACAGUAAUGUUGCGCCCAUCCGACAUGCGGCCGCCGCCUGCCUAGCAGAAGCCUUGGUCAAAUUGCACGCUACAGAGACGCGAGUUAUCUCGACUCCAAAGCCCAAGAAGAUGAAGAGGCAAUCAAAGAAACCUGCACCACGGCCCGGGGAGGAUGAAGAGGAGGCUAAUAUCUCCGAAGCUUCAAUCUCUAAGAAGACAGAACCCGGCCUAUUCUUCCUCUUGCCUGACCUCCUUCGCCAAUUGUCGAUCCAAUACGUGAAGAGCACAACGUCCAACCGCGCUAGGGCCGGCAUCGCAGUAUGCUACAAAAACGUUCUACGUAGUCUCGGCGAUAAGAUUGUAGAGGAACGUUACGGGCAAAUUGCGAAUCACCUCCUCUUCGAACUUCUUAAUCACCCAACGGUCACUUAUAAUCGGUUCAGACUUCUUAUUACAAGGAGAUUCGUCAAGGGCAUUCUCCAAGAGACAGUGGGACGCGAGUCUCUCCGAGAGAACAGUCGGCUCAAUGCUGCUAGGUGGUUGAUCAAUGAAGUUCUCAAAGACUACCCCCAGGUUAUUCAGGAACGCCGCGAGCCCAGCAAAUAUACCCUAGCAAGUGCUUUGAGCGCUCUAUCAUCUUUGAUAUUGUCACUGGGAUCGGCGUUUGGCUCAUUGGCAGAAGCGUGUCGCGAGGCCUUGCUUCAGGUUCUUCCUCAUCCCAACUAUACAGUUCAGAUCCAUGCAGCACACUGCCUGAGGAACUUUGUUCUGGCUUGUCCGCAUCAACUCAUAUCCUGCGUUACGAUCUGCUUGAAUAGUCUGAGCCGAGAGAUAGGACAGCUUUCCACGCCACGGCAGGCUCCACGACGGUGCCUUGGAUAUGCUAAUGGAUUAUCAGCGAUGCUAAGCACUUCCCGGCUGCAACCACUAUAUGGCUCAGUUGAUGUAUACUCUCGCGUGUUCACUCAGGCAACAGAUCUUCUCAAGACGAGUAGCAACUCCGAGCUUCGCGCUGCUAGUACUCAGAUCCAGGUGGCUUGGAUCCUGAUCGGAGGAUUAAUGCCUCUUGGACCAAGCUUUGUCAAGAUUCAUCUGCCUCAAUUGAUGUUAUUGUGGAAAAACGCGCUUCCAAAACAUCUGAGUAAAGAAAACAUCGCGCAGCGUGGAUAUCUGGAGAUGAGUUUCCUGACCCAUGUAAGGGAGUGUGCUUUGGGAGCGUUACUGGUCUUCAUGGAAUUCAACAGCAAAUUGAUCACAGCAGACGGUGCGAGAAGAAUUGCUGCAAUGCUGCAAAAUACCGUAACCUUCCUCGAUGAUCUGCCGCGGCAAAAACAUCCCGUCGAUCUCUUGCACCGUCUUCAGCCUUCUCUGCAAUUGCAUGAUCUAGCCACAAUGGUCAGGAGACGGGUUUUGCAGUGCUUCCGCAAGCUUAUUGAAGUUCAUCCCCUCAGCCAUUCGGAAGUCAUUUCACAAACCACUCUUUUGAGUCUUUCUAUUUCCUCGUUUGCCGACCCGGAAUAUAACCCGUCUGUUCCACUAGAAAGCUCAAUUGCAGCAGCUACCGCGCAAUUUAAUACUCUAUGGGAUCUUUGUGACAACUCUGGGUUUGGCGUGACAGGAUUGGCAAGGCAGCACAUUCGUGCGACUCUCACAGGGAAACAGGAGGAUGAUAAUGGCCCCGCCUGGUCUGCUGUUGAUUCUGCAGAUCCAGACAUCGAUGAUGCUAUGACAUUCCCUAUUUGCCAGGCUAGUGAACAUGAUUCUCUUCUUCUGUAUUCCUCAAGAGGAAAGGGGGACAGCACUGUGGCGGAUCCGCAUGCUACUGGCGUAAUUAAUGCUGCGAUCGAAUUAUUUGCUGUCGCUAUUCCCUUGCAUGCUCCUAAAGUUCAGGAAAGCAGCAUGGAGCAAAUUGCAACAUUUCUCUCCUCAUCUAGUCUUCAGCGCAACCCUGGCCGCAAGGCGGCCAUGGUUGUUAACACUGCUGUGGCGCUGCUUCAUGCCCUGAAGGCCACGUCCAGAGAUAGCGGAUCGCAAUCCGGCAAACUAAAUCCUGUUACCGAGAAGGUCCUACAGGAGCUUCUGCAGAAAUUUGUUCUCGACGCGGACGCAAUUGUCCGUACGAUUGGCACUGAAGCACUGGGAAGACUAUGCGAUGCUGCUGGGAACGCACUUACAACCACACAGGUCACUUGGUUGGUCGACACAAUCGUUGAAAACAGGGAACCUAAUGCUCGUGCCGGUUGCGCUGCUGCUUUGGGAUGCAUCCAUUCACAGGUUGGUGGCAUGGCAGCUGGUCUGCACCUGAAGACGAUAGUCGGUGUCUUGAUGUCGCUCUGUAAUGACCCCCAUCCGGUCGUCCAUUUCUGGGCGCUUGGGGGCCUGGAGAGAGUAGCUAAUUCUGCGGGGUUGACAUUUUCACCUUUUGUGUCCAGUGCACUGGGGAUGCUAGCCCAGUUGUACAACGCAGACACCCACAAUGAGGAAGCAGCAAGCUUGGUGACAUCUAAUAUCGAGAUGACCUUCCUUACACCUGUUGUGAUCAGUCGCUGCGUCGAUUCUCUGAUCAAUGUCUUGGGUCCCGAUCUCCAAGAUAUCGCCAAGACCAGAAACUUGAUUCUUACCCUUCUCCGGCAAUUUCAGCUGGAGGAUAAUCCAGCCUUGGUUACUGAAAGCUCGAAGUGCUUAGAUCAUCUGUCGCUGUAUGCGCCAGGAUUUGUGGACUUUUCAGGAUAUGUGAAGCGUCUCCAGAGUGAACUGUCGGCUGGCAACUUUCUGAUGAGGGAUGUAGCCAUUCGCGGACUAAGCAAUCUCAUGAAGCGCGAUGCUGCUUCCGUCCUCCAAGCAGCCAUGCCGGGUCUGGAAGAAGAGAUAUGGCUCGCUUAUGAUGACACGCCGGACAACAUUGUUCUCAAAAACAUGAUUGAAGACUGGUUGCAGCAAACUGCUCUCGUAGAAACUGAACAGUGGAUCCUGCGCUGCCACAACACCUUGACAAAGACCCGCGUGAAAGUGGAGGAGAUACCGCUGACUUCCACUAUUAAAACAGCCGUCAAUGACAUCCCCGAUGAUGAAGUUGCUGGUUUUGCAUCCGCAAUUGCUGGGGAAGGGCAAGCAGCGGCUGCAAACGAAGCUGUUGCUGGGCAGGAAUUACUGAAAUGGCAGACUCGAAACUUUGUCAUGUCUUGUUUAAGUCAAUUGUUGGCAACGGUUCAGGAAGCAAUAUUGCCUGAUCAGACGAUCCCUGCAGAACUUGCGCUUCAGCAGAAAGUUGGCGAUAUUGUUCGAAUGGCGUUCUCAGCAUCGACUGCAAACGUGAUUGAGUUGAGGGUUUGGGGCUUGAAGAUUAUCGGCCAGGUUCUCAUGAUGUUUGGCAAGACUCCGGAUCCAGACUUCGCAGAAGCCUCUCUUCUUGAGCAAUAUCAAGCUCAAAUCGGAUCAGCGCUUACACCGGCUUUCGCAGCCGAUUCAUCGGCGGAGUUGGCGUCUGAAGCUAUCAAUGUCUCCGCGACUUUCAUUGCUACAGGUAUUGUAACCAACGUGGAACGGAUGGGAAGAAUUCUUAAGGUGCUGGUUCUCGGGCUAGAGAACUUCGCGAACAAUCCAAAUACCGCUGAAUUCGGCGACCUGAAGGGGCUCAAUUCCAACUCCAAGAUCAUGGUUAAAAUGGCCCUUUUCUCCGCGUGGGCACGAUUACAGAUUGCAAGUGUUGAACAAGAGUACUUGAACGAGGUUGUCCAACCUUAUCUUGCGACACUCACGCCCUUGUGGCUUUCCUCGCUUCAAGAAUAUGCUCGAUUGAGGUUUGAACCAGACAUCUCCGGGAGCCUGGGAACGGGCCCUUUGAGCAAUGACCUAGAUGAGGUGUAUGCAGCAUUGAAUCGGGAGACUCUUCUGAAGUUCUACCAAGACACCUGGUUAAACCUUGUGGAUGCGAUCGCCGGGCUGGUCGAGAAGGAUAUCGAUUUCGUAUUCGAUGCACUGGACGGGAAAUCGAAAGCGCCACCAGAAAAACCAGAAGAAGAGGAAGCAGAUACUUCAAACAGAAUAGACGAUGUCAAAAAGCACGACAUAAACUAUCGUGAUGAGCCUGUUGCCUUCUUUUUUGUGCUUUUUGGUCUGGCAUUUGAAGCUCUUGUUGACCAGGCGACACCACCAUCUCAGCGCUUGGAGAUCUUACAAGCAUUGAAGAGGAUAUUGAGACCAGUGAUCUCGGGUAAUGCCAUCUACCAGGACGCCAUUUUCUCUGAGACGAUGGACACUUUUGAUCGUCUUGCUCUCACUGAAAGAAUACCGAUUCAGAAUGUCAUUGUUGAGAUAGCGCGGAAUCUUUCCCUAGACCAUCCCUCCGCGAAGGAGGGAGAUGAGCGCAGCGACCAUCUCUCUGAUGAUAUUGAGCAACUCUUCGAGCUCACUCGAAGUAUCAUUCUAGUCCUUGCAGGGCUACUACCCAACCUGCGCGAGUCUACUCCUAUGGUUCGGUUUAACGUGGGAUCAGAUGAUUCCCUGUCGCUGAUUCGGUUAUCUCUCUCAUCCCUCGUCCAUGUUGCCUCCAUUUUCCCCUCUAUCAUUCGCAAUGACCUCAACGCGUGCAUUCUCCACAUCUUCACGACCAUUCUCGCGACAGGAAUAUGCCAAGCGGAAGUUGUGCCACAAGCUCUCCCGAUCUUUAAACACUUCGUCCAUGGCAUCAGUCACCCCAAGGGAGCCACGCCAGAGGACCCCCAAGACCUUGCUGUCAUGUCUCGGCAGCUGCGUGGAUGUCUUGUCCGCUUCCUCACGACUCUGACUAUUGCUCAGCGAAGAGAGUCUGAAUCCUCCUUGCCUUGCGCCAAAAACACUCUUUUGGCCAUCACCAUCCUGCUGACAACCGGAGGCCAUAUUCUCCCUCCCCAAGACCCUGUCAUCCCUCGCAUCCUCAAUGAGCUACUGGACUGUCUUCAGGACGUAGGCCUUGCCAAUGUGGCUGCUGGCUGCAUCCGCUCGAUCCUCCUUACCCCUAAUACCAGGUCUCCUGCAGACGAGGUGAUUGCCAGAUAUCUCCUUCCCCGGCUGAUCGCGUUCCUGGUUGGUUGUCCCAUGGAGAAUGGCGAAACGUCAAAUGACCCGGAGAACACAAGGAGUAUCAUCGCACGCACUCUGGUCUCUUGCGUUACGAGUACCACGAUUGCUGGAGGCGAAUUACCUACGGCGCUCUCGCUGAUCAUGUCCGUACUUCUUGCACGUGCCACGCGCGAAGGUCACUCGGUGUACAGAGAAACAGCCGGCCAUCUACUAGAACUCGCUCGUGUGGACCAGACUACAUUCCGGGGACUUGUUGCUUCAAUGCAACCAGCGCAGAAAGGUCUCUUGGAGGAGAUCCUCAGAAGCUCGGAUGCAGGUCUGGGUGGUGAACGAGCAGAACGGAAUACUGCUCAGGAAGAAAUGCAACAAAGCAUGCCGAGUAUCGCGCUGAGAUUCGAUUUCUGA